AUGAUUGACACGAAAACCAAUGCCCCUCAGAUCCUAGAACACCUCCACAAGAACGUCAACCUCACCGUGUACGAGACCAAAUGGAUCCCGUCGAGCGCGCGCUUUGUAGCGCUGGGGUCGUACCCGCGCGACACGGGCUACCUGGGCGUCUUCCAGCUCGACGGCGCGGACCUCGUGCAGACGCUGGAGAUCGAGAAGCCCAAGGCCUUCCGCUGCGGCACCUUCGGCGCCUCUGGCCUGCUCGACCGCCAGCUGGCAACCGGCGACUUCGCGGGGAAACUUUGUAUAUGGGACUUGGAGCGGCCGAACCAGCCGAUCUUCGACGUGCAGGCGCACGCGUCGAUCGUGAACCAGAUCGACGGCUUCGGCGGGCAGGCGCGCGGGUGCGGGUCCCCCGAGAUGGUCACGUGCGGCCGCGACGGCUGCGUGCGCGUGUGGGACGUGCGGCAGCGCGACGCGCCCGUCGCCGCGUUCGAGCCCGCGGAGGGCGAGCAGGUGCGCGACUGCUGGUCGGUCGCGUUCGGGAACAGCUACAACGACGACGAGCGCUGCGUGCUCGCCGGCUACGACAACGGCGACGUCAAGAUGUUUGACCUACGCACCAACCAAGUGCGAUGGGAGACCAACGUCGGGAACGGCGUGUGCGGCGUGGAGUUCGACCGCAAGGACAUCCAGAUGAACAAGUUCAUGGUCUCGUGCCUCGAGGCGCAGCUGCACGUCUUCGACGCGCGCACGCACCACCCCGCAAAGGGCUUCGCGUCGGCCACGGAGCGGCUCGCGCAGGGGUCGACGGUGUGGGGCGCGCGGCACCUGCCGCAGAACCGCGACGUGUCGAUGGUCUGCGGCGGCGACGGGACGCUGUACCUGUACCGGUACCACUACCCCGACCAGCGGCGCGUGAAGGACCCCGAGGGCGUCGACAUGGGCGUGGCGGGGAAGAUGGCGGUGCUGAACUACCGGAACUUCUCGACGCAGCCCAUCUCGAGCUUCGACUGGAGCCCGGACAAGGAGGGGCUGUUCGUGUGCUCGUCCUUCGACCAGACGAUUCGGGUGGGCAUUUGCACCAAGCUGAACAAAGUGUGA